AUGGAAUCUACUAUGCGCUCGCCUUUGCCUUACGGAAAUGCAUGUGCCACCUGUGCUCGCGCCAAGUGCCGUUGCGUCCCCCGGAACGGUGGUCGCGGCCGCUGUGAAAGCAGAUGUCACCAUUUGAACAAAGAAUGCCGCGCUCCUCAGGGACGUCGCAAGAUCCAGCCGAAGACCUUGUCCAGGUCGGUUCAGCUAGAACGGAAAAUGGAUGGCUUGAUGUCGCUGCUGACCUCCUUUGGCGGUCGGACGGAUCUGCCAACGCCGGUUCAGAGACAAUCUGAGGUGCAGGGGAUGUGGCGAACUGAGGUCGAAUCAGGAACGGAAGAUGAAGAAACAUCAGCAAGUGAAGAAGAAUAUCUGCGCGCUUUUCGGACCCAGCGGCUGCAGUUCCUCCCCCUGAUCCACAUACCAGCCACAACAACCGUUGGUGAUCUGAAACUACAGUCUCCAUUCUUGUGGCAGUGUAUUUCUGCUGUGGAAAGUAAGAAUACAGCACGUCAAGCAACCUUGUGUGUUAAGAUCCGUGAGUUGGCUGGCAAGAGGCUGCUGGUCGACUGUGAUAAGUCCCUGGAUCUAUUGCAGGGAGUAUUGGUUUAUCUCGCAUGUCAGCCGCACAAGUCAUCGCUCUGUAUGUAUUCCCAGAUGGCGAUCGGGCUAGUCUUCGAGCUGGGCCUCAACAAGCCCGCGCCUCCGGAUCUUAGUAUGACCGUCUCAAAUUCAAAUGCCGUAGGACAUAUGCCGGGCUUGGAAGCAUCGAUUUCAACUCGGCGCACGAUGCAUGAACGCCGGGCAGUUCUAAGCUGCUUUGUGCUGACUUCUAUAAUUGCGCAGUUCUUGGGUCGAAUGGGACCAUUGCAAUGGACCUCGCACAUGAAGCAGUGUCUUGAUAUUUUAGCGGAGAGUGAAGAAUCGCCUGGUGAUAGAGUGCUAGUCCAGUUGACGCGUACCCGACUUCUAGUGGACCAGAUCUCUCACGGCCCCUGGAGUGAGGGUCUCUAUGGCCUUAAUUCGGCGCAAACCCUAGCCACCUUCCAUCUCAAGGCACUCCAGUCACAGCUGGAGACUAUUAGGGCUGAGAUUCCCAUUCAAUUGGCUGACAACAAACCCAUUCUCUUUCAUUUGUUCGACACAGAGCUUAGUCUUUACGAAGCUGCGCUUGUUAAGCCCCUGGCAGACGAAGAUUUCAGCUCCCAGCGGCUUGAUCAUCUCUACGCCUGUCUCCGCGUGGUGAAACAGUUCUUUGAUCUAUUUUUCACAAUCCCUCCAGCUGGAUACACGUCCCUGGCGCUCCCUUAUAUUGCACAGGUGUCGCACUGCCUGGUGAUUCUCUUCCGCCUAUCUACUUUGGACUAUCCAGGAUGGGACAAGAGCACGGUAAAAAACACGGCGGACAUACUCUGCAUUGCGGAGCAGAUUUCCACACGGAUGGCUCAGGUGGGGGAUGCGAUUGGGAUGCGCAGUGAGGGUGCGUAUGGUGAUCCGUUCAGUAAAUGGGGAAUGAUGAUGCAGAAGCUUCGGAGUGAAUGGGCAAUACGAUUGCCAGAUUGCUCGGAGGUGGUUGUGGACCGAAGCUCAGCCGAAUCAUCCUUUCCGAGCAUUGAAAUGGGUGAUCUGGAUUGCUUUGUGAAUUGGUCAGAGUUGGGGUGGGUGAUGGAAGGGGCUGGGGCUGGAGGAUUUAUACAGUGA